GCGCAGCUGACAAGCGGUUUUCGAGGCCGACGCAGCGAGAACUUUUUGAUCUAAACAGCGUUUGCAUCGCUGCGUUCAUUGCGCGCCGUAUCGCCAACGCUGCGACUAGUUGGACCGCGGGCCGGAAUUGCUUGGCUGCCGCCGCCUCGCAAGCAUGGAGGCGCGCACGCUGCUCAAAGCCAAGACCCUGCCGCCGCCACCAAACGACUGGCUCGAGUGGGGCGUAAUCUUACACCGACGGCUCCAGUGCGCCGACGAGGCGGCCGACGCCUGCGAGCUGCUGGCGCACGUGCUCUGGUACCACCCACCGAACCACGACGAUUCAGAGAGGCUGGGCGCCUUACGCGUGGCCGAGGCGGUCCUCGCGCUGGGCAACGCCUUCGCGACCGAUGCAGCCGACGCGGCGCUCGUCGGGGAGCUGAGGUAUGGCUUCGUACGACCAGAAAGCGAUCUGGUCAUCGUCUGGGCGGCGAAGAGCGACGUAAUAACGAUACGGUCGCGCGCGCUACAGGCUUACGACCGGUUCGUGCUGUUUCGCGGUUCUAUAAAUGACCUCAUCGACUUCGAGGGCGCGGCUGAAUUAGCGAGAAAGAGAAGAGCACGACGGAAACAAGGCGAGGCCUUCGAGGAGGCCGGCGACGACCCCGUCGAAACCGUUCGCGCAUCGCUACAAGAGGAUUUCGAACCGCCCCAGACGGAGGGCUUCGCGCCUUUUGCGGACGCGCCGCGGCCCGGCGACGCGAGCUUGAAGACAGAAGCGAGGAAGGAAAUCGAGCGCCUCGCGGCCGUCGUGAAAAGUGUGGAUGGCGUCGCGGCGUGUUUAGUGUUGGUGAACGGUUUUGCUGCCGCGCGGACGCUCCCGAGCAACGAAUCAACAAUUCUCGAGGCGGCGCUGCGCGACGUCGGCGACGCCAUCGUCGAGAAAAGCAGGGCGCCGGACGGGAGCUGGGCCGGCGCCGGCGCCGGCUUCGUGGCGCCCUCGUUUGAGUUAUCAGCCUGCGGCACGAACGCGCGGUUCCGGUGCGUUGGUGAUGAUGAAAAUGAUGUGGACGAUCUGGGUCCCGGCGACGCCGUGGCCGACGUGUGGUGCCCCUCUGUUACCUUGCCUCCUCCAUCAUCACGGGUGCGGUGCGCCUACGAUAAUGCAACGGGCGCGCCAUCAUCACAUGAAAAGCGCCGCCUCGUCGUCUUCUACGCGGCGCGGCACCGGGUGCUGGUGGGUGUGGUCAUAGAUGAUAGUUGCGUGCGCGCGUCGGACGGCGGCCUGUCGCGGCGCUGGGCGACGGCUCUUGUACAACGCGUCGGGGACGCGGUCCAGGCGGAGUUGUGCGACCCGGACCGCGAGUGGGAUUUGGCCCCGGCGCCGCCAUCAUUGCCGCCCGCCGGUGUUCGCGUGUGUUCGUUCGAGGACGCCGCGCCGCGGACCGCGCCGGUGUUCCGAUGCCCGGCCGCGGCGCGCUCGGUGAUCGCCGACGGCCACGCCGCGCUCGUGGCGUCGGCCGACGCGCGCGAGGAGGUCCUGGUCUUUCCUUCCGACCACUCGGGCGUCGUCGCCGCGGCCGACGGCGGCGCGCGGCGCGCGUACGCGUGGCUCUCUCCUUGUGGUUCGGUGCGCGAGUGCGCACAGCGCGUUGAUGAGUUGCGCAGCGGCUCCGAGGCGUUUCUUUAG